UUUUUCAAAACACAUCCGAGAAGUAAGUUGUUGGUGAGGGUGGCUGUCUGUUGUUGCCGCCUCUCACCUCUCACCUUCUCUCUCUUCCUCAGCCUCCACCAAGCUGAACCGUAUACGUAGAAAAAUCUUCCCCGUGGACAACACUUGGUGGACGAGGAAAAGAUCUUCCUCUUCGUCAAAGAGAAAUGUAGGUGGGAAGGCAUUGGAGCACCCAUUAAAAAAAAGGUGUACAGUACAGCAGUGUUGGAGCAGUGUUGAGCGUUGGCACACCGGGUCCGGCAUCUCUUCAUUCACUCGGUCUGAGAAAGUGUCAGUUUCUGUCAGUCUGUGGGUCAUGUCGUGCCUUGAUUGUCCGUGUGCGUGUUCCCGCAUAGCCAGUCUGGCCGUCUCCCCUGAUGUGCGCGUAGAUGUGCGCCUAGGUCAUACUGACACUGCAUACCAGCCCCUCAGCCGCAUAAAGUCGGAGAGUUUUGCAUUGGAGUUACGCUCUCCCAGCAUGGUGUCCUUUGAGGCAUCAACGGAGAGCUACGAUGUGUGGAGCCCCCUGGGGUCCGUGUGUGGCGGUAAGGGCACAGUGUGGGUCGCUCGGCACAAGCCCUCCAACAACCACGUGGCUCUUAAGAUCUAUGAGCUGGAUAAAUGUGAAGAUGAGUUUGAGUUGAUCCAGCAUGAGAUUCGGACAGUGAAACAACUCAGACAUCGAAACAUCAUCCAGUACAUGGCCUCGUUUACAUUCUCACAACAACUGUGGAUAGUCAUGCCUCUGUUAGGGUACACCUCCGCCUCCCGUCUCGUCGCCACUCACUUUGCUGAAGGUCUCCCGGAGUCUGCCUUGGCUCUCGUUAUCAAGGACGUCCUGCAUGGCCUCUCUUACCUUCAUUCCAAGCGUAUCAUUCACAGGGCCGUGAGAGGGAGUCACAUACUAAUAGACAGUAUAGGUCGCGUGGCCCUGAGUGGACUACGACACAGCACCUCUAUUGUGGACUCCACCAGAUGGCAGAAAACCGUCCAUUGUUACCCCCGGCAGGCUCGUUGCAACCUUAACUGGGCCAGUCCAGAGUUGUUGGCACAGGAUCUUCACGGAUAUAGCGAGAAGAGCGAUGUUUACAGCGUAGGCAUCGUGAUGUGUGAGUUAGGCAACGGCGAGGUGCCGUACAGAGGCAUUCCUUCAACACUCAUGCUGCUGGAGAAACUCGAGGACCGUGUACCUUACCUCUACGAUGCCUCCAACUGCCCCCAGAAUGCUGAGAACGGACAAGGUAUGGCGACAGACUCGGGCGUCGGUGGCAGCGUGGGGGAUAACCUCACCAGUAUGGCCAUAUCUCAGCGCCUCUUCUCGUCGGCGGCCCACACCUUCGUCGCCCAGGCUCUAGAGCGCAUCGCAGAACACCGGCCGUCAGCGGAUGACCUCCUCCACCACCAGUUCAUCAGACAAACACGGAAGUUGAACGGGACCUUACCACAGUUUCUUCAUCCUGUUGUUCCACUCUCACAACAGACUGAGAUAGGGGACACUAUUCCUGACCUGCUGGAGAGAACUUUAGAACAGACGAGUUUAAAUGACGAUGUAGCCUGGGACUUUUAAUAUACGCUACAUAAUAUUGAUUAAUGUAUAUUUAUAAUGGUAGUACCGAUGUAUGAUUUGAUUUAUAUGAUAGUAGUAUUUUCUGAACUGCUCGUUGGCAAGGCUUUUUCACUUAAUGAGUUUUCUAAAUGAAUAAAUUGAUGUUCCUUGCACAUCUCGGGGAUGAGUUGAUUUUAUACAGCUGUAGUGUAUAAAUUAGCAACAGUUAUUAGAAGACAAACUACUAAUUAAUUAUUCUCUAAAAAAAGUAAUUUGAAUCAGAGUUUGAUAUAAAGUUUGGUAAUAUUAAACCUUACUAAUCUUAAUACUAUGAUUUAUACCACAGUGGCUGCCAUAUAUGAUGCCUUAACCCUUAAAUGGUGGUCAUCAUCAGUGGGAGUUAGCUGUAGGGACGGUGGCCACCAUCAGUGGGUGUUAGCUGUAGGGACAGUGGCCACCAUCAGUGGGUGUUAGCUGUAGGGACGGUGGCCACCAUCAG